AUUACGUUGAUUAAUGGCAUGAGAUAAAGGUGAUAAAAAAAUGGGAAGUCAAAUUUUUGAGGUAUAAAACUUAAUAAGUGUUGUGAGGUUUUGAAUUCUUUAAUAUUCCUGUUUAGUUCUCAGGCAAGUGAAUAUGAAUCGUGCUUCUCUUGUUAUCUGCCUAGUGGCACUGAUCUUUCUUGCAUCUGCAAGAGCUUUAUCUCGUUUUCCAUUUGGUCCAACGAGCGGUGAAAUCCAACGAGGAACCGAUCCAAGAAUCAAGGACUGUGUGUACAGAUGUUCCAUCCCUACAAUUGUCUCUAUAGUAUGUGGUACAGAUGGCCUGAGUUACGUUAAUGAAAGAUCUCUUGGAUGUGUGGAUAACUGCUUGAGACCUUUUGGAGAGAGUGUCCAAUAUGCACACUACGGAUACUGCUCUGGGGAGGUCCAAGCAAUCCAUACGUUUUUAUAAUAAAUAUUGUAGAUUUGAGACUUUUGUUAAUCAUGCAGAAUGAAAUAUAAAAUAUGAUAUGAAAAA